ACUUUUAUACCAUCAAUUAGCCAAAAACAUCCUACAACACCUCUACAUUAUUCCCUUCCUCUUAAAGCAUUAUGGCUAGCUCAACUCUUCUCCAAUUCUCUUGCGCAAUUUUCUUGUGCAUGGUGGUGGCAGCGCCGCACGCUGAGGCCGCCAUGAACUGUGGCAUGGUGGCCUCAAACGUCGCCCCAUGCCUCUCUUACUUGGUGAGCAGCGUUAAGCAGCCGCCAUCCGGUUGCUGUGCCGGCAUUAAGAAGCUCAAGAACAUGGCUUCUACCCCAACGGAUAGGAGGACUGCUUGUGGUUGCCUAAAAUCAGCUGCUACUGCUAUGAAGAAUAUGAACUAUGGCAAGGCAGCUGGACUCCCUAAGCAAUGUGGUGUCAGCAUUCCCUAUGCCAUUAGCCCUAAGACCGACUGCUCCAGGGUCAACUAGAUGGUCGGUGGACGGAUGGAGCUGGUUAGAGGCCUAGAAGCAUGAACAAUAAAAUAGAAAAGGGGCCUCAAGAGACUUUCAUCAUAAUAACUUUGUUUCACUUUCGAUUUACUGUCCAAUUAAAUUGUGCAUCUUUGUUGUAACCUAAUUAUUCCAGCUCAUAUGGUACUACUAUGUAAUACCAAAGGAAUUUGUAUGCGCACUUCUUUAUACAUGAGAUGAGAUUGGUAUCAAAAACUCAAAAUGGUUCAUUUUCCACAA